AUGGCAAUCUUGAACAGUACACCAAGAGGAUCGAUAGCAGAUCAGAAUUUUACGAUACCUUCUGUCUAUGAUGACUCGGUCGACGUCAGCGAUAGAGCGAUGGCAAACUCUCAGAACGUAAAUCUUCCUCUGAAUACUCGAAACAUCGCUGCCAGCAACAGAGGCUUUGUUGUUGAACAUGCUGAAGCAUCUGGAUCAGCCGUUGCUCUCGACCCUUUCUGUUCACCCUCUAUCCAUGGUCUCGUUCCACGCCACAGAAUUGGGAAACAAUACGUUUCCAGCCGAGAGGCGGAAAUUCUGGCGGCUCGACAGUACAACACAGGUGGUUACAGACUCAACGACGCCGAAAUCUCUCGCUUUCUCAGAGAUAGUCGCCGCCUUCGCCAAAGAUUUGGUGAUAGAUAUGAACACGAACGCAACGGUGUCUUAUUCGGCCGACAUGGAACUCUAGCCACCGGAAGCAGCCUUGCCAAUUUAUCAUCCGAUUCAACCACCUUGAACCGUCUGCGACACGCUCGAGAUCUAUCUCCCAGCAGUAACUACUCUACCAGUGAUGACCCUGCCGGAAUUACGAGCCAAGUGACACGCAAAUUCAAGCAAUUCCUCACCCGCACUGGCGGUGGGAUUACCGACGGUACAAAAUCCGAGUACUCGAGUCUCGGAAGCGUUCACACCUCAACCAACAGCACCUCUCGCUCUCUGAUGCUUCAGGAGUUAGAGAAGAGCUUCAAUACCUCCGACCCGGUCAUAUCUUGUGACCGGUGCCCUGCCUUCCCUCUUGCCCCUGAGAUGCUGGGAGCCCUGCGCCUCGAGAACUUGGGCCGUGUCCCAUUUGAGCGUGUACAGCUCUGGGACGACGGCGAAUGGCUUGAGAAGGGCUGGUGUUUCCUGCACGGGCGCGUGGAAUACAGCCAUGCUGUGCUUGUUGGCAACGAGGCUGCCGUCAGCGAAGACCUUCGGUCUGUCCAGCGUACAGCUGGCAGAAUCCUGUUGGUCUUCGGGGUGGCGACGUUUUUGCUGGGUGGGUGGACCCUGAUCCGCUCGAUCGGGGGGGGAGGCUCUCUGGCCACUUCGGCCAUGGCCGAUUUGACGAGGUUGUUGGCGGGUGGGAAGGGGGAGGAGGGAGUGGUGUGCUGUGUGCAUCCCAGGGACGCAGCAAUGGCGCAGGCCAUUGAAAAGGCGGCGGUGUCGGUCGUGGUGUUGGUGGUUGUUGGUGUUUUGGCGGUGCUGUGUUGGGCGGCGGUGACCAGUUAG